CUCACUCCUCGCCUUGUUUCCUGGUCAUUGUUUUCCAGGCGCACCUUGAGGUCUCGUCUUGUCCUUUGCCCACAACUGCAUCAUGGCGACCACCACCACAGAUCUCGGCAAGGCGGAGGCCGACAUGGCCAAGCCCCAGCCCUCGCACGCUGAGCACGCUGGCUACACGGCCAACAUGGAGCUCAUUGAGGCUGCCGUCGCUGCCUCCGACGCCGAGGCCCUCAUCCCCAAGAAGGAGCUCUUCUCCCGGUACUGGCCUGCUGUCACCUUCAGCAUGCUGCUCAGUCUGGCUCUCGUCAUGGAGGGCAUGGACACCGGUCUGAUCAACAACUUCUUCGGCCAGGAUGCGUACCUCAACAAGUUUGGCUGGGUGAACCCGGCCACCGGCAAGAAGUACAUCUCGGCUGAUUGGCAGUCCGCCAUUGGUGCUGGCAACAACUGUGGCUCCAUCAUCGGUCUCCUUCUCAACGGUUGGCUUCAGUCUCGGUUCGGCUCCCGCCGUGUCUACAUGGCCGCCAUGGCGCUGAUGGGCUGCACCAUAUUUGUCCUCUUCUUCAGCACCAGCGUCACCAUGCUUCUCAUUGGUAACAUCAUGUGUGGUGUCCCGUGGGGUAUCUUCCAGACCCUCACCACCGCAUACGCGGCUGAGAUCUGCCCGGCUGCCAUGCGUGGCUACCUCACUGCCUGGGUUUCCAUGUGCUGGGGUGCCGGUACUUUCCUGGCCACCGGUGUCCUCCGUGGCUCGCUCAACCUCGAGGGCGACGCUGCCUGGCGCGUGCCUUACGGCCUGCAGUGGAUCUGGAUUCCCCCGUUGAUCCUCGUCGGCUACCUCUCCCCCGAGUCUCCGUGGUUCCUCGUUCGCAAGGGCCGCAUUGCCGAUGCUGAGAAGUCGCUGCGCCGCCUUGCCCGCAAGGACUACUACACGGAGCGCAGCAUGGCCGAGACCCUGGCGCUGAUGCAGCACACCAACGAGAUGGAGCGCAUCGAGGCGGCCAACAGCAACUACCGCGACUGCUUCCGGGGCACCAACACGCGCCGCACCAUUGUCACCUGCAUGGCGUGGAUCAUCCAGAUGCUCAACGGCCAGUCCAUCACUGCCUUUGCCGUGGUGCUGCUCCGCUCCGUCGGCAUGGACCAGGUCGCCGCCUUCAACUACAACAUGGGCAUCCAGUCGGUCAACAUCAUCGCCACGGGUAUCGCCAUUAUGCUCAUGGGCCGCGUCAGCCGCCGCGCCUUCUACCUCUUUGGCACCAGCGGCAUCGGCUUCAUGAUGCUCAUCAUCGGCAUCGUCGGCUUCUUCGUCAAUCAGAACAAGACCAUGCCCAUCGUUGUCGCGGCCAUGCUCGUCAUUGUCCAGAUCAUCUUCAAGAUCUCCCUCGGCCCGACCACCUACGUCAUCGUCGGCGAGAUCGCCUCGAACCGCGUCCGCGCCCAGACCAUUGUGCUCGGCCGCGCCGUCUACGUCUGCGGCCAGCUCAUCGUCCAGCAGCUCAACCCGCGCAUGCUCAACUCGGACCCGACCGCCUGGAACUGGGGCGCCCGCACGGGUCUCUUCUACUUUGGCUUCUGCGUCAUCUGGACCGUCUGGAUCUACUUCUGCCUCCCCGAGACGCGCAACCGCAGCUUCGCCGACAUUGACUACCUCUUCCAGAAGAAGGUCAGCGCCCGCAAGUUCACCACCACUCCCAUUGACUUGUUCGAAAUCGUCCCCGCCACCGAGGGCAAGACCAUCGACGACGACGCCGAGCCCACCACGACCCUUGCCGAGCGUGUCGAGGAGAAGCGUGCUUAAAGGGAGAGCGGCGGCCUGUGCAAUUAAAGGGAUACGUGUCAUGUAGAAAUGCCUGGUUUUAUUUCUCAAGUAUAGCAGCGGUUCCAGCGGCUCAACGUUUCUGGUAUAAGAGGGCCAUUGCAUUGCACUCUACAGACAUAACUUUCGUCGAAAGACUAUGCUACAUAGAGAGAGAGAGAGAGACAGCGCGCACGAUACCAAUAUUACCAAAGCGUUUUGAAACAAA